GCUCCGAGCUCCGGAAACCAUCGGACUUGCACGGAUGGACUAUUCGAUCUUUAGUCAUCUCGCCAUCGACAGACCGAGAUACACCCCGAAGAGGGUCUGGAUCUAUACCGAUGCCUCCAACCCGUGGACGUCGGGCCCCGGAUUGAUCGUCCUCUCUCGAACGUGCUUGAUCCACCUGCGACAACCAUCCUGGCGAGUGGCUCUGAGUGCAUGUAACGCUCUUACAGACAUGAUGCAAGAUCCAGAUUGACUUUCUGGAGUGAUCCCUCCUCGACCUCUCGCCCUUGGACCGUUUCCCAAAAAGGAGUACUUUUCCUUGUCCUAUCAGGUCAUUGCGCUACGUCCUCCGCCCGGCACCAGCCGUGGCCCUCGUCCAGGUAAACCCCCUUGCCAUAUUGCGUGUCAUCCCCGCUACAGAAUGAAGGAACGGCUGUGCAUGUCCAGAUCACUUUCGUAGAAUGGAUCGUCGCAAAUAGAAAGGGGAAAAGCCUGCUGAAUUGUGUCUGGCGUGUCCAGGGUCUCAAUCUUCUUUAUCACGACUCGGUGCAUUCCUAUCGGAUGUGUUAUAUCGAGGCUCUCGUCCCGAAACCGUGUCGACCACCAUCCCUUCUGCGCGUAGCCUGUCGACUGCACCAAACCCGAAGGUCACGUUUCGACUGCACUGAAUAUGGCGGCACCUGUGUCUUCAGCUACCCUCACCCGAGUCGACGCCCGACACCACGAUACCACGGCCGACCUAGUCCAAGAGAUUCUUGAACGAGAUGGUGCCGUGAUCGUGACGAACUUGAUCAGUCUCGAACACGCCGAGCAAAUCCGCCGCGAUCUCAAACCGCAUUUCGACGCCGACGGGGGCGACAAGAGCGGUUUCUUCCCCAAAACCACGCGGCGGGCCAUCGGUCUGUUGGGCAAAUCGCCCGCGUGCGUGGACCUGGCUCUCAACCCCCUCUUCAACGAGGUGGCGGCCCGCCUGCUGACCUCCAAGUUCGAGUUCUGGAUCGGCCAGGAGAGGCAGGUGGCCGUGUCCAAGCCCCAGAUCUCCAGCACCGUCGGCUUCCAGGUCAACCCGGGCAGCAGGCAGCAGGGCCUGCACCGGGACGACAUCGACUACCACGUCCGCCCGGGACAUGACUCGGUGCUGCUCGGCUGCGUGACCGCGACGGUCAAGACCACGCGAGAGAACGGGGCGACCGUCCUCAUUCCCGGCUCUCAUCGCUGGAAGGACGAUCGCUGCCCGUACGACCACGAGGCCGUGCCGGCCGAGUUGGAGCCGGGCGAUGCCACCAUCUUUCUCGGGAGUACAUACCACGCGGGUGGAGCCAACCAAACCACGGACCAAGUCCGGGAGACGGUCGGGAUCUUUCUUACAAAAGGAAUGUACCGACAGGUCGAGAACCAGUACCUGACCGUGCCGCCGUCGGUGGCGUCCUCGCUCCCGACAAAGGCCCAGCGACUGCUCGGGUACGGGGUCAGUCCGCCGUUCUGCGGCUUCGCCACCGACUACAAGGACCCCAUGCAGGAGCUGUUUGGGGUGGUUGAUGCGGAGACGGUCGUGCUCUGAAAGAGGGCACAUGAGAGGGAAACGAAGGGCUAAAGAAGGGGGGGCCGAGGCAGGGAGGUCACGAUGUGUCAAGCAUUCCCUGGAAACUACCAUGGCUCAAAGGGAAAUAGAAAUCCUAGGAGAAAGGCCGUAACGAUGAUGUCGAGGAAAAUGUAGUGUCCGAUCCUAUCAUGUGCAUUGCGGGCGGUGGACUUAGUAGGAGAAAUCUGGGUAGCACUCUGUCAUAGUAUGAUAUUUGACGUCCUC